UAAUUGUCUAUGGUUCUAAUCAAAACAUAACCUAAGAAUAUGUUGGAUUUGGCUGUUUUCAUCCUUGGUUAAUGUAAUCGGUUUUAUUCGCCGAAUUGAAAUAAUCAAGACGUAUUCAAUUCAACAUAUUCAUUUGAAUAUGUCAUCCGAGCUCCAAAUAUGUUUGAAUACUCAAAUUUCUCUUUAAUUCAUGCACAAUGUUACCAAAGAAUGGAUUGUUCGGUUUGUUUCUACUCUUAGUUAUAACUGCAUUGAUAGUGAUAUACCAAAUUCAAAUAUUAAAAUUACAGGAAAAAAUAUAUAGCUUAGAGAUUACUCAAAGAGAGAAUUCAAUGUUGAUGACUGAGAAGGUAUCGGAAGAAGAUGAUAUCGUUGUGAUAUAUAAUAGGGUUCCGAAAACUGCUUCUACAAGUUUUGUUGGAGUUGCUUAUGAUAUUUGCAAGAAGAACCACUUUCAUGUUCUUCAUGUCAAUGUGUCGGCAAACAGCCAUGUCCUCUCUUUGAACAAUCAGUUACAGUUAGCUAGUAAUAUAACAUAUUGGAAUGCUAUGAAACCAGCUUUGUAUCAUGGACAUUUUGCAUAUUUCGAUUUUUCUAAGUUCCAUGUUCCUAAGCCGUACUUCAUAAAUAUAAUUCGGAGGCCACUCGAUCGAUUCAUAUCGUAUUAUUAUUUUGUUAGAUAUGGAGACAAUUAUCGACCUUACUUGAUACGAAAGAAACAUGGGAACACAAUGUCAUUCGAUGAAUGUGUGGCCAAAAAUCUACCGGAGUGUGAUCCCAAUAACUUAUGGCUCCAGAUACCAUUUUUUUGUGGCCAUGCAGCAAAUUGCAGAAAACCUGGCAACAAAUGGGCACUGGCUGAAGCUAAAAAAAAUAUUGUUGCCAAUUAUCUUUUGGUCGGGGUAACAGAGGAAAUAUCUGAUUUCAUCUCUAUAUUAGAGAUAACAGUGCCAAGAUUAUUCAAAGGUGCGUUGGACCAUUAUUUGAGCAGUAAUAAGUCCCACUUGCGUAAAACUGUACAGAAGGAAGUUCCUUCCGAUGAAACUGUCAAGAAAAUAAAAGAGAGCCCUAUUUGGCAAAUGGAGAAUGAACUCUAUGAGUUUGCAUUGGAUUAUUUCCAUUUCAUUAAGAAGUAUACUUUGAAAGAUAGGAACCAGAAGGUGUUUUAUGAAAAAAUAAGGCCAAAAAUUACUUAAAUAUGUAUAAGUAGCAUGCAUACUUCAAUAUUGUGGGUGUAAAUUAGCAUUUAUACAUUUAAUUAUUUGGAUAUUUGCACAUAUUCUCAAUUUUAUGUAGAGGAUCUUAUUAAUGUUGUUUAUUAAUAAAAACUGUUAUUAUAA